CCAUGCUUUCAAUACCAAAUCAGUUGGAAGGAGCCUAUAUUGGACAAGACGUAACUCUUGAAUGUCAUACUGAAGCUUAUCCAAAUUCUAUAAAUUAUUGGACAACAGAACGCGGUGAUAUGAUAGUGUCUGGUGAUAAGUAUGAAGCGAUAUCCACGGACAGCGGUUACAACAAAUACAUGAUGCUAAAGAUAAGAAACGUAGGUCCGAAAGAUUUUGGUUCGUAUAAAUGUGUCGCACAAAAUUCACUUGGUGGAACAGAUGGCGUCAUCAAACUAGAUGGUAAGUCACGCAAUGAUAACAAAAAGGACAAUUUAUAGUGUAAUAUUUGAUUUGUUAUAAGUAGAAGUAAAGAAAAAAAUUCAGAAUGAAGAUAAAAAAAAAAUAUAUAUAUAUAUAUUUGCAAAGUGAAAACAUUUAGCAUCGCGCAUUGAAAAGUAUC